AUGACUAAGAAAUUAACCAUACUAGAGAAGAAGAAUCGAAAACCAGCUUCUAGAGCUUGUAUAUUUUGUCAUGAAAAACAUUUACAAUGUUCAAAUGAAAGGCCAUGUAAAAAUUGUGUUAAACGUAAUAUAGGUCAUGAAUGUCAAGAUAUCGUUAGAAAACGAGCCAAAUAUAUGAAUAUUAAUAAAUCUACUGGUAGAAGUGGUAGUGUAAGUAGUACGGGACAAAUCGAUACUACUAAUGAUAAUGAAUAUUUAAGUUCAAAUGUGGGAACUUCAACUGCCACUACACCUAUUAAUUUCUCAAAUUCAUCUCAACCACCACAACAAGUGAAGGCCAAUCAGCAACAACCACAACCAGAAGCACAACAACAACAACAACAAUCAAUAGGAUUCGAAGGAUCCCCAACCAAUUAUGAUCAGAUGAUACCGCGAGUUCAAUACUCAACAAAUACUCAUAACCCAAUGUUGAAUACAACCAAUGAUGUUUUGAAUCGAUUAUUAUUGGAACAGAAUUUAUCAACAAAUAUAAUAUCCCCCAAUGAUUUAAAUCCUAACAAUCAGGAUCCUAAUGAUAUGCUGUUAGAUCCAUCAUUAUCAAAUAAUAGUAAUAUUAAUUUCAGUUCAAAUUAUUUAAAUCAAGAAUAUCUUAUGUUAGGUGAUAUUAUCUUACAUUCUAAACCAAGUUCACCAUCCCCUUCCAAUACUAGUGUUUCUGAAUAUAACAAUCCUAGUAAUUCAUUCACAUCACCUGCAGGAUUCGUAUCACCUUCAACAAGUUUAAUUCAACCACAACAAAUCCAACCUCAUCAACAAGUUCAAAAUCAACAACAACACAUUCAUCAUAAAAGAAAAACUUUAAAAGAUUCACGUCCCUUCAUCGCGUUAGGAUUUCUGAAUAGUUUUAUGGAUGAUGAAAAGAAUAAUCUGUCAACUACCGAUUUCUUAGAUAAUAAUUCUAAUUUAAAUAGUGGGAAUUCAAAUAGUACAAAUAUAGGGAAUAAUAAUGUUUCCUUAAAUACAUCAAAGAAUCCUAUUAUGAAGAAAUUAGCUCAAUCCGCAACUAUCCCUACCGAAUAUAUUUCCCCCUUGGUAACACAUCAUUUAUAUCAAUCAGUUCAAGAUAUUUAUACCAACAACAUUAUGAAUUUUGAAUAUCCUCAUUCAUAUCAUUCAUUAACAUUCUUUUUAAAGAAAAGAUUCCUGGGAAAUAAUUUAUCCCCAGAAGAGAAACAAGUCAAACGAUCCAAUUUAUUAAUUAUUUUGAAAUUAAUUGCCAGUUAUCGUCCAACGUUCAUUAGUGCUCAUAAAUCAUUAUUAAAGCCUUAUGAUUUACAAUUUUUAGAAAUGUGUUUUCAAAGAAGUUUGAUUGAUUAUGAAAAAUUAUCCCAAUUGAAUUCAAGUCCAACUAUUAUCUGGAGAAGAACCGGAGAAAUAGUUAGUAUAACGGAUGAUUUAUUAAGUUUAUUAGGGUAUAAUCUAGCUGAUAUUAUUUCUAAAAGAACAUUUAUCAUGGAAUUAAUGUAUGAUGAUGAAUCAAUUAUAAAUUAUUUUAAAUUAUUUAAAUCAGUUGCGAUUGGGAAUUUAAAUCUGUCAAUUUUUACUAAAUGUAAAUUAAUUAAAAAUCAAAAUAAAAUCCUUGAAACUUCAUCAUCAAAUUCUCCUUCAUUAAAUAUAAAUCAUCAUCGUAAUAAUAGUAUCGAUAGUGGUGGAGAUGAAUGUAAUUUAUAUAUUGAGUUCUGUUCAGUGUGGACGGUCAAACGUGAUCUUUUUGAUAUUCCAAUGUUAAUCAUUGGUCAAUUCUUACCUAUAUUACCUGCUGGUGAUGGGGUUAGAAUGUACUAA